AUGGCAAUCCGUCGAUUUCGUCGCAUCACCAUCCUCGCCUCCCUCCUGGGUGUAUUCCUCCUCUACCACUUUCUCUCCAUCCGCCCGGAGCUCUACACCCGCGGCGCUACCCAGCUCCGCACUCCGCAGAGCACCCCGCAGAGCGCUCCAAGUGAGCCGCCCGAAUGCCCCCCUCUCGAGGGGAUCGAAGAUGUCCUGGUGGUCAUGAAGACAGGUGUCACCGAAGCCCUCGACAAAGUCCCGGUUCACUUCCAGACAACCCUGCGCUGCGUCCCGAACUAUAUCAUCUUCUCGGAUUUCGAAGAAGAAAUCGAAGGCGUCAAAAUCCAUGACGCUCUCCGCACUAUGGACAGCACUGUCCGAGACACCGUUGCCGACUUCGACCUCUACAACCGUCUCCGCGAACAAGGUCGCGCCGGUCUCGAAUCGGCCGACUUCGCUGAUGAGGCUAACUCGAAUAUCGGCAAGCCCAACAACCCGGGCUGGAAGCUCGACAAAUGGAAAUUCCUUCCCAUGGUGCAACAAGCCCUCACCUACAAGAAUAACGCCAAAUGGUAUGUCUUCAUGGAGGCAGAUACCUAUUUCUCGUGGCCGACGCUCCUCGAAUGGCUCUCGCAUUUCGAUCCUAAAGAACCCCACUACAUCGGCACAGAGACCCAGAUCGCAGACGUCAUCUUUGCGCAUGGCGGCUCCGGCUUCGUUGUCUCCAACCCCGCUAUGCAACUCGCCUCGAACGAGUACGCGACCCGCACCGUAGAACUGAACGAGUACACCGACUGGCACUGGGCUGGCGACUGUGUCUUGGGCAAGGUUCUCGCUGACGCCGGUGUCCCCUUACGCUACUCAUGGCCGAUCCUCCAGAACUCCAACGUCGGCGAGCUGGAUGAGUUCGCCAAGGGAUUCUACCGCAAGCCAUGGUGCUACCCCGCAGUAGCAUUCCACCACCUGACAUCCCACGAGAUCCAGGAUCUCUACGAGUUCGAGAAACGCCGACGUCGACAGGCCACCAGCAACAUCCUCCUCCACCGCGAUGUCUUCAAAGAACUCAUCUACCCUGAACUCUCCAACGUCCGCGACAGCUGGGACAACCUUUCCGACGAGGAACACCCCAAAAUCACCGACUUCCACGAAUGCAAAACCCUCUGCUCCAGCUCUCGAAGCUGCGCGCAAUUCGUCAUGCGCGACGGCAUCUGCUUCACGGGCGAAACGCCCCGACUGGGCGUCAGGAACCCGACAGCCCGAUCUGGCUGGAUCCUCAGCACGGUCGACCACAUGAUGGACAACGCACCGCGCUGUCCUCAUCCUGACUUUGGACUCUGA